AGGGGCUGGGACGGAAGGGAGUCUCCAAGAUAAAUACAAACCCAACCCCUCCAACGGCACAGUGAUAUUUUUGUUUUCUAGCGGAGUACUCCUUGGAGAGGUACAUAGAAGCACCAAGAAGCGAUGGCUCGUACCAAGCAGACUGCCCGUAAAUCCACUGGUGGAAAAGCGCCCAGGAAGCAGCUGGCCACUAAAGCCGCGAGGAAGAGUGCCCCCUCUACCGGCGGGGUGAAAAAACCCCACAGAUACAGGCCCGGUACCGUGGCCCUGAGAGAGAUCCGACGCUACCAGAAGUCCACCGAGCUUCUGAUCCGCAAGCUGCCCUUCCAGCGCCUGGUCAGGGAGAUCGCCCAGGACUUUAAGACCGAUCUCAGGUUUCAGAGCGCGGCCAUCGGUGCUCUGCAGGAAGCCAGCGAGGCUUACCUGGUGGGUCUGUUUGAGGACACCAAUCUGUGCGCCAUCCACGCCAAGAGGGUGACCAUCAUGCCCAAGGACAUCCAACUGGCCCGACGAAUCCGAGGCGAACGCGCUUAAUUUUUAAAAUUUUCUGUUUUUUUUUUUUUUUUUUUAAUCGACUUUGGGGACUUUUAAAAUCUUAUAUUGACCUGCGAACACCGUUUUGUGUGGAGGUUGAGGUUUUAUUUUGUAUUUUGUUAGUAUUGAUAGAAAAAAGGAUAGUGGUUUACAAAUGCAAAAAGUAGCAAGACAUUUUGUAAAACAUUCCUUCAAACUCCCUCAGGUUUUUAAGUCAGUUUGUAUCCAAAAUUAUACCUCUGACUUAUUGUGCUGUAGACUAGAUUGCAUGCAUGAAAGGGGAUAAAUUAUUGGACUUGUAAGCUUUUUUUUCUUUUUCUCUCAUGAGUAUCGGGUUGUAAAUAAACUUUCUUACUACCUCACCUUGA